UAGUGUCAUCAGCUUAGAGGUUGAUGGAUGAGUCUGCUACAGAGAAAGCUAUGUUGUUAAUGUAGAUUGAGAAAAGGGUGGGUCCAAUGAUGGGUCCCUGUGGAACUCCUGCGGUGACACAAAUAGGUUGAAAAAGAAAUUUGCUCUGAUUUAAUGCAUUGUUAUCAGUUUUGUGAGAUAAUUUGAAAACCAUGACAAUUCUUAUUCCGAAACACCAAAAUAGCACAAAGCCUGUCAAUAAGACUCGAGUAAUUAACAGAGUCAGAAGCUUUAGCUAAGUCAAUAGAAAUGGCAUUACAUUGCAAUUUAGUAUCUAAUGGAUCAACUAUGUCAUAUUAUUUCAAAAAGAAAGGACAUAUUGAAAUGUAAGCUAAAAAUGGCUUCUUAUUAUUAAAACACAAGGAUCAGGGAUGUUUAAGGUUUACAUCUGUUUAAAGAGAAUCACACAUUAUUAACUUAAGUGAUAGACAGUCUCAGUAUGACCAUUAUAAGGCUGGAUGUACCCAAAGCAUGAUUUAUUUAUUUAUUUUAUUAUUAUUAUUUUUUUUGCUGUUCAUUCAAAACAUUGAAGGUACAUCAUGUCUGAGAGUAUAAUUAAUGGCACUAAAAAUAAAACAAAAUCACUGACUUAUUAUUAUUUUUCUCUUAAAAAUAGAUUAUCUAACAGAACCACUUUGAAAAUGCUAUAUUGUCCUUUAUUAGGGGUUCAUCAAGGAUAAAUCUAAUAGAUUGUGUUACAAACUGAUACUAUAAUGAGCCGCAGUUGCCCGGCAUGCGGUGUAAGAGAAAUAACUAUAUUCAGUAGAGCAGGCGGAACAUUGUUAAUGUACAUUCAAGCUUUAUGGAGAAUCCUAUUUGCAGAGAUGCCAAAUCUGUGUUUGUCUCGAUCUGGUCUCCCAAGAGGAGUGGAAACAAUAAUAACACCCCCUACAGUAGUACAAAUCUAAUAUUGGCACACGGAGCAGCUGGCGGGCUGUCUCCUGUAAUUUUAGCGCACACUGAUGCAGAGGAAAGAUUUAAUGGGCAUUGGUCAGUGUACCCUCUUGUGAGAGUGUAAGGGAGAACCAAGAGAUUGAGCACAGAGGGAGGGGUAGAGAGGGGGAGGACAGUGAGGAGGGAAGGAGAGGAAGAAGGCAGUGUGUGAAGGCUGCUGUGCCUCAGACAUUAAAGUAAGCCAACAAUCUGAAGCAGCAUGACUCUUUUCACAUAUGGACUCUACCUGCAGCUCUGGCUUUCUUACGGCCUUGCUCAGUCCCCGUUUCUGGACACUUUCCUUUCAUUCCCUGCAGCUCUCGCAUCUCGGCAGCAGCGGAAGACUUUUGACCCAUGCUGUUUACUGAGUCCACCUCCACCCCCGCUGUUUCCUCCACCCCCUUCAAUUUGGCGCCGCUACACCCCAAAAGAAGAGAUUUCACAUCAUGGCGGCGAGUCUGACUCGGACCAUGAGGAAAAAGGUUCUGAUUGUAUCAGAGGUCUUCCUGAACCCCCAAAAUAUCGGGGUCCACCUGGAUUACCUGGAAUAAAAGGGCCUAAAGGAGAAAAGGGAGAAAUCGGAAGGCCUGGACAAAAGGGUCGAACAGGGCCUCCUGGACUCCCAGGGAAGCCGGGCCAGCUCGGAUGGCCAGGACCAAGUGGGGCCAAAGGGGAAAAAGGUGACCCAGGGUUGAUGGGUCUGCCUGGAGGCAGAGGACCAAUUGGGCCAAGGGGUUUGCCUGGAUACAAAGGAGAAAAGGGUUCACGAGGUGAUCACGGUGAAAGAGGAAUAAAGGGAGACAAGGGUGCCAUGGGCUUUCCAGGAAUGCUUGGACAAAAAGGUGAAAUGGGUCCAAAAGGAGAACCUGGAAACUCGGGAAACAGAGGACCCACAGGCCGACCAGGGAAGAGAGGCAAGCAGGGAGUGAAAGGAGAUCCCGGGAGAAUUGGUCUAAUCGGACCCAUGGGCCCACAGGGACCUCCAGGCCACCCCGGUCCUCCAGGUUUACCUGCCACAGGACUCUACAUGGUUGGAGCAAAAGGUGCACGUGGUCCACCUGGGCCUCCUGGAAGGUGUGGCUGCAGCUCUCUCAGUAAUUCUCCAUAUAAUGACUAUCCUUCAACACCAAACUACCCCAAAGUACCUGUGAUAUUUGUGGUGAGCAACGAGGAGGAACUGGAGCGCCUCCACACAGACAACGCCCUUGCAUUCCGAAAGGACCAGAGGUCUCUCUAUUUUAAAGACAUCGAUGGCUGGCUGCCAAUCCAGACUUUUCCAUUCCAGCUGUCACCUUUCCAGUCCAUGGAAAACGCACCUGAUGAUGAAGGGUACUGUGGGGAUGGGAUUGUGCAGCCCUCCAAUGGAGAGGAGUGUGACGAUGGAAACCGAGUUGUUACCGACAACUGCGUCAAGUGUAAACAUGCCUACUGUGGAGAUGGAUACCGCUAUGAAGGCGCUGAGGAAUGUGAUGGAAAAGAUUUCGGAUACCAGACGUGUAAUUCAUAUCUUCCAGGGUCGUACGGUUACCUCAGGUGUACACCAAACUGUGUACUUGACUCCACAAACUGCAAGUAUUUUACUUGAAGCCUGGACAGAGCAGCAGGAGCCUGGGUGUUGUUUGCUUGUCACAACAGGAAUAUUUUGAACAAAAAAAAAGCAAAAGAAUAACAUUGCCCCAAGCACGAGACUCGAAAGAAGGAGGCAACCCAAGAAUCUCCAUUAAAAGUCCAAAAAAAAAAUCACAUGUACAUGUAUAUAUAUACUCAUAGCUAAUCUUUGCUUCACUGCAGAGAGGCCUCCCGGAGUGAGAGUCACCCUAUGAGGCUAAAAAUGCCCACAAUGAAAAUAUUCUGUCUAAACAGGAAGGAUUUAAACUGGAUUUCUGGCCAUCCUGGAUUGGACUGGAAACUAAGUUACGCUAAGAGCAAGAAGGAGAUGUUUUAGAGAGGAAGCAGCAGGGUCAGAUGUUGCUGCUUAGAAAAGCAGGCAGUUUGAAAUUGAGAGCAAUGGCUCCGCUGCUGCAGGCUCGGUGAGAAUGCACAGCAUUUGCAUGAGGCUGGACGACAAAGAUCAUGGUUUUACUUAUUGUUGGUAAUCUUCAUGCUACGUUUUCUUCAUAACACAUCAAGGACUUUAAAUGACCAGGAGGCCCUGCUUGGUGGCUCACUGAUGCUAAAACUUCAGCGGCUUCAAUAGUCAGAUACAAGAACACUCGGUCAGAGAGAAAUUCAAAUACUUCUCAGGAACUAAAUAAAAAAAUGUUUCCACAUAUCCAUCUGGAGGACGUGGCUGUGACUGUACGCCCACAGAGGCACACAAGAUGAGCAAAACGCAUUAAUGCGGACAAUGUGCAGCCCCAAUUAGUCCCGCUUUUCCCUGUGGCUCAAUCACAAAAUGAAAUAUGUGAAGGCUUGAAACUGUUAUUGCUCUUAACUUUCUCACAGCACAGGAUCGACUGGGCUUGUCUGUAGCUGCUAGAAGGGAAGGAAUUCAAAUAUUCCAGCCUGUUCAUGGUCAUUACUGUAUAUACUCUAAUACCUCUUUAAACAGUCUUUUGGUCUUAUGCAGCAACAGAGUAUCCUUAAAAUGUAGAUGUAGUCUGCUGGAAAUGACUAUGGGGACAUAAGCUGACAUUUUCCAUAAGCUAUUGUAUGAGUCGCAGUGCCAAGUAGGACCUUUCCUCAACCCUACUCUGAUAAGGUUUGGGAAUCCAGAGGAAGAGACUGUUGAUAAAUCACCUCCACGUGCUUUUGAAAAGAAACUUGCUUCGUCAAUAUCUGUAUCGCAUUCUUCAGCAUAGCAGGUGUCUUAAGUGCUCCGUUCAACGUGUAGCUAAAUGUGUGUCAAACCAUGUAGAGAUGAUAAUGUGCCACGCACAAAGCUAAAUUAAUAAACAAUGCUGGAUUUUU